GUCCCAAAGGUGUUAUCAAUGACUGGCGCCGCUUCAAACAAUUGGAGACAGAGCAGAGGGAGGAGCAGUGCCGAGAGAUGGAGAGGCUGAUCAAGAAGCUGUCUAUGACCUGCAGGUCUCAUCUAGAUGAAGAGGAGGAACAACAGAAACAGAACAACCUCCAGGAGAAGAUCAGUGGGCAGAUGAAUCUAAAGGAGUUUGCUAUGAUGAAUGAGGACCAGGACGAUGAAGAGUUUCUGCAGCAGUACCGGAAGCAGAGGAUGGAAGAAAUGCGGCAGCAGUUACAUAAGGGGCCCCAAUUCAGGCGGGUUUUUGAAAUCUCCAGUGGAGAAGGUUUUUUAGAUAUGAUUGAUAAAGAACAGAGAAGCACCCUCAUCAUGGUCCAUAUUUAUGAGGAUGGCAUUCCGGGGACUGAAGCCAUGAAUGGCUGCAUGAUCUGCCUUGCCACAGAGUAUCCAGCUGUCAAAUUCUGCAGGGUGAAGAGCUCAGUUAUUGGGGCCAGCAGUCGGUUUACCCGAAAUGCCCUUCCUGCCCUGCUUAUCUACAAGGGGGGCGAAUUGAUUGGCAAUUUUGUUCGUGUCACUGACCAGCUGGGAGAGGAUUUCUUUGCUGUGGACUUGGAAGCUUUUCUACAGGAGUUUGGAUUACUUCCAGAAAAGGAAGUCUUGGUGCUGACAUCUGUGCGUAACUCUGCCACCUGUCACAGUGAGGACAGCGAUCUGGAAAUAGAUUGAACUGAUAAUCUAGUUGCAUAGAUUUCUCAUUGUUUAGUCUGGAAGACACAUGUCUGUGUUUAUUUUUGUUCCUUCCUGUAUCUACUAGCUUUUCAGCUGUUCUUUGUAGUCCCUUUUAAUAUGUGGAAAGUCAAGAAAUGCUUAGAUUAAAUCAGAAUGCUGAAUCACCUUGCAGCUAGCAAACAAAGUGACUUAAAAUUAUAUAAACAGGAAGCCAGGCUUUUGACUCCUUUACUUGAGAUUCUCUAGUAUGACAUUUCUGUUACUGUUUUCAGUCAAUAUUUACACAGCAUCCUAAAGGCAGUGUCCUGGAAUUGUCUUCUGAUGACAUCAGAGGUCUCUGCAAGGUCUGAGAGUAGCAUUCCCUAGUUAGUGUGUUAUGUACAAUGUAAUCAAUGUAAUCAGAUGAUUGUAAAUUAUAUUUACUUUUAAUCAGAUCUGUAGCCCUACAAAGCAGUUACAUUAUUUUUUCUCUAGAUGUUCUUCUUCACCAGGGUCUUGUUUAAAGGUUCUAGGCAGAGUUGGGGAUACAGCUUAGUGGUAGAGCACUUGCCUAGCAUGUAGAGGGCUCUAAAUUUGAUCCCCAGCACUUGUAAAAUACAAAAACUAAGGUUCCAGAUGAUGCCUGCUGCCCUGUCAGGAGUGAUAGCCUCUAUUUCUGGAGUCAGUGUUCCUUCCACUCCAGCAUUAUGCCAUCUGAGACAGAGGAUUGAUUUAUGCUGACUGUCCUCCUGAUAUUGAAAGACAACCAUCUUAUUGACCCAAAUCUUAGAGCUGGAUGGAAUGGAAAGCUUGUUAAAUGAUCUUUCAGUGCUCCUGCUUGUUGCUGUGUGUCUAUUUAACAAGGUAACUUUUUGGGAUUUUUAAAAAAGCUUUUUUUGCAUAUUGGAAAAAUAUUCAUAUUUAGUAGAAUAAAACAAAUGCAGAUGCCAAAACCUAAUCUAAUAUUACCACCUAAAGUAAAAUACUAAUAAUGUUUUGAUGUAUUUCUUACCAAGGUGUUUUAUAUGUAUCUAUAGGCAUUUUGUUUGUUUUUA